ACACGUUCAGGCCACUGAAUUAUAGAUGAAAGCGCUCGAGUUGAGAAAUGUAGAAUCGUGUGUGUGUGUACGUGUGUGUGUGUGUGAGUGUGUGUGUGAGUGUGUGUGUGUCGUCGGCGUCGCCCCCCACUUCCCGACCCCGACCCUGCCGCGCGCACACCCCGGCUCGCGCAGCGCACGACGGCGUCGUUCCGACUCUUCAUUCCCGAACCACAACAAUCCACAGGAUGAAGAAGACAACCUGGAAUCCUGGCAAACAUUGAUAGAAGUCUUCGGUUAUUUAUUCUCUCUCUCAAAACAACAACAACAACAACAACAACAAUAAAAUCCCUCAACAUCACAGAGACACAAAAGAGAUGCUCGGAUCCGUGAAAUGCGGGACAGCGGCGGUCCUGAUGAUGUUUACUGCAUUGCUCUUCUUUAUAGGAGCCACAGAGGAGGCACUUCUUACAAACCAUCUUCUAGUGCAGUUACACGAAGGAGGGAAUGAAGAUGCUCACCAACUUGCACUUGAGUACGGCUUUGGGAGUGCCAGGCAGCUUCCAUUCGGUGAGAGACUUUUUCAUUUCUACCCUCGGGACACUCCCAAAACAAAACGGAAACGCAGCCUUCAUCGCCGCCAGCAUCUGGACAAGGACCGAAGGGUAAAAAACGUGAUCGCGCAGGAAGGAUUCGAGCGCCAGAAAAGAGGCUAUCGAGACAUCAGUGAUUUUGACAGCGGCUUGAACGAUCCACUUUUUACCAAGCAGUGGUACCUUAUAAACACUGGGCAGGCAGACGGCACUCCCGGGCUGGACCUCAACGUGGCUGAGGCUUGGAAGAUGGGCUACACUGGAAAAGGAGUGACCAUCGCCAUCAUGGAUGAUGGUAUUGACUAUUUACACCCAGACAUCGCUUCCAAUUAUAACGCAGAGGCAAGCUACGACUUCAGCAGCAAUGACCCAUACCCAUACCCUCGCUACACGGAUGAUUGGUUUAACAGCCACGGGACCAGAUGUGCUGGAGAGGUGUCUGCAGUAGCUAACAACAACAUCUGUGGUGUAGGAGUGGCCUACAAUUCCAAAGUAGCGGGUAUCCGAAUGUUGGACCAGCCGUUCAUGACAGACAUCAUUGAAGCCUCAUCUAUCAGUCACAUGCCACAGGUUAUUGACAUCUACAGCGCUAGCUGGGGUCCCACUGAUGACGGAAAGACAGUGGACGGGCCUCGUGAGCUAACCCUUCAGGCCAUGGCAGACGGCGUUAACAAGGGUAGAGGAGGUAAAGGCAGUAUCUACGUGUGGGCUUCGGGGGAUGGUGGCGGCUACGAUGACUGCAACUGUGAUGGCUACGCCUCCAGCAUGUGGACAAUCUCCAUUAACUCGGCCAUUAAUGAUGGACGCACGGCGUUGUAUGACGAGAGCUGCUCUUCCACACUCGCCUCAACGUUCAGCAACGGCCGCAAGAGAAACCCUGAGGCAGGAGUGGCCACCACAGAUCUGUAUGGAAACUGUACGUUGCGGCAUUCGGGGACAUCAGCUGCUGCUCCCGAGGCUGCCGGUGUGUUUGCCUUGGCGUUAGAAGCUAAUCCAAACCUGACCUGGAGGGACAUGCAGCACCUCACAGUACUCACUUCAAAGAGAAAUAAACUCCAUGAUGAGGUGCACCAGUGGAGAAGAAACGGCGUGGGCUUGGAGUUCAACCAUCUGUUCGGCUACGGCGUGCUGGAUGCCGGCGCCAUGGUCAGCCUGUCACGUGACUGGAAGACUGUUCCUGAGCGUUUUCAUUGCGUGGCCGGAUCAUUACAGGAGACACACAAGAUCCAAUCAGGUACCAAGCUAGCACUCAGUAUCACCACGGACGCCUGUCAGGGCCGGGAAAACUUUGUGCGCUAUCUGGAGCAUGUCCAGGCGGUGGUGACGGUGAAUGCGAGCAGACGUGGCGAUCUGACGCUCAACCUGACCUCGCCCAUGGGCACCAAGUCCAUCCUGCUGAGCCGACGGCCGCGCGAUUCCGACGCCACCGUGGGGUUCGACAAGUGGCCUUUCAUGAGCACGCACACGUGGGGCGAGGACCCUCGUGGCACUUGGAAGCUCGAAGUCGGCUUCAGUGGAGAAGCUCCACAGAGCGGCUAUCUAAAUGAGUGGACCCUCAUGCUGCAUGGCACACAGAGUGCACCCUAUAUCGAGCAAGUGGUCAGGGACUACCAGUCCAAAUUAGCCAUGUCGAAAAAGGAGGAACUGGAGGAAGAGCUGGAUGAAGCCGUCGAAAGGAGCCUUGAGAGAAUGAUAAGCAAAAGCAACUAGCCUCAGUCUGAACUGCAUGAUGCCUGCCCUCUCUCUCUUUUUUCCUCUCUUACUUUUCUUGCUUUCUCUCUGUGUAGCUCUCUCUCUCUCUCUCUCUCUCUCUCUCACUUACUCUUACUAUUUGUUUUCCUGUGGUCACAAGUUUCCUGUUGAAUGAUUGUUUCUCGUAGGCCCACAUUUAUAGGAAAAAUAUAUAUAUAUAUAUUCUCCAAAUGAUCUAUUCUAAAAGAUAUUACCUCUUGUAUUCACUUCUUUUUUUUUUUUUAUAAUUUCUAGAAAAUGUAUAUACACAAUAUAUAAAUAUAUAUAAAUAUAGUAUAUUAAUGUAUUGCUCCCCUUACCAUUUCCUCUCCUUUACAAAGACAACUAUUGUACAGUUUGUGACUGUAAAUGAUUCUGUGUUAUUCUACGUGUAGACGUGUACACGUGUAAGGUACACGUGUAGACGUGUACCUUGCUGAAAGGCAUCGACAUUGAUUUCUGUAAUUUUAUUAUUUUUUUAAACGAGACCUAUUUAUAUCUAAACAGGAAGUGUCUGAUGAGGUGCGAUAACUUGUGGCCAACAAGAAAAGAUAUUUCAUAACCUUCUAUAUAUCUAACAAUAAAACUGUUCUGCUGUUUGUUAAA